UGUGCUUGUCUGCUUGUGUUCAUUGUUCCAGCUGAUCUGCGGUCGCUAUCAGUGUCAGUUCGAGUUCAGACUUCAGUCUCAGUAGUUCAGACAACACAACAUCAGUGAUCAGAUUGGUGACUUAAAAGAAUAAUUUUAGCACAGAUUCUGAGAAGUUGUACUCAUUUAUUAUUUGGGUUAUCUACUGCUAGAUAGAACGUGGUAAAUGGACAUUGACCUGUAACGUCUUAUCAGUGAAGUUCUAUCGUCCGACGUGCGACGUGCGUUUCAUUUCAUUUGUGACCGGUGUUUAAGGCUAGAUAAUACUCCCCCUUUGAUGGGAGACCGGUUCCUAGCAAUAAACAUUAGCAAUAUUAACUUAUGAGUUCAAAGAGUGUACUUUAAUUUUGAAUUGUUACUCCAUCAAUGAAGAUGAGUAUUAGUUCGGAGGGCUGUGGUAGCAUUAUAGUUGUGUCAAAUCGGUUGCCGUUUGUUCUCAAACGGAAUGACAAAGGACAACUGGAAAGACAUGCAAGUGCUGGAGGUCUAGUAACAGCUGUGGCCCCUGUGGUGGUCAGAUGCCAAGGUAUCUGGGUGGGAUGGCCUGGCAUACACCUCACAGACCCCAAUGAGAAAAUACCCGAGUCAGACCCCAAGGAUCAGACCCCUACAUCCGGACUUAAGUCUGAGAAGGUGAUAGCAGUAAGAGUUGACCCACAGGUGUUUGACAGCUACUACAACGGCUGCUGUAAUGGCACAUUCUGGCCACUCUUCCACUCCAUGCCUGACCGAGCUGCAUUCUCUGCUGACCACUGGAAGGCGUACUGUGAAGUCAAUCAGGAGUUUGCUACGCAGACGAUUGUGGCUCUCAAGAAGCUAGCGGACAGUCCCGACUCUGGGCCUCCACUGGUGUGGCUUCAUGACUACCAUCUCAUGUUGGCAGCUAACACCAUCAGAAAUGAAGGCGAUGACUUAGGCUUGAGGAUGAAACUUGGAUUUUUCCUUCACAUUCCGUUCCCUCCUUGGGACAUCUUCCGGCUCUUCCCCUGGGCCGAUGAAAUCCUCCAGGGAAUGUUGGGCUGUGACAUGGUUGGGUUCCACAUAGAAGAUUACUGCCUCAACUUUGUAGACUGUUGCCAGCGUAGACUAGGCUGCAGAGUGGACCGCAAGUCUCUGUUGGUCGAACACGGAGGUCGCACUGUGAGAGUCCGUCCACUGCCCAUCGGCAUUCCUUACCAGAGGUUUGUAGAGCUGGCAGAGCAAGCGCCUCAGAUGGUGACCAACACCACCCAGAAGAUCAUCCUGGGAGUGGACCGACUGGACUACACCAAGGGCCUUGUACACAGGUUGAGAGCUUUUGAGAGGCUGCUGGAGAAACACCCCGAACAUAUCCAAAAGGUCUCCUUCCUCCAGAUAGCCGUGCCUUCACGCACAGAUGUAAAGGAGUAUCAGGAGCUGAAGGAGGAAAUGGAUCAGCUGGUGGGAAGAAUCAAUGGUCGCUUCACAACUCCCAACUGGAGUCCGAUCCGCUACAUCUACGGCUGUGUCAGCCAGGCAGAGCUGGCGGCGUUCUACAGAGAAGCUAGCGUCGCACUGGUCACUCCACUCAGAGACGGUAUGAACUUGGUGGCCAAGGAGUUUGUAGCUUGUCAGAUACGAGAACCUCCAGGAGUGUUGGUUGUCUCGCCCUUCGCUGGAGCUGGGGAGAUGAUGCACGAGGCACUCAUCUGCAACCCCUAUGAGAUAGAACAUGCAGCUGAUAUCAUUCAUAGGGCUCUGACGAUGCCAGAGGAUGAACGCACUCUCCGUAUGAACUACUUGCGACGGAGAGAGAAGAUCUAUGAUGUGGACUACUGGAUGAAGUCCUUCCUCAAGGCUAUGGGCUCGUUGAUAGUUGAGGAUGGGGAGGAGAUGAUGCCUACAACCAUGCAGCCUGUGACCUUAGACGACUUUGAAGAGUAUCUGGCCAAGUACGUUGGUGAUCACAAGUUGGCGCUACUGCUAGACUACGAUGGAACAUUGGCACCACUGGCUCCUCACCCUGAUCUAGCAGUGUUGCCAAAUGAAACCAAGGCAGUGCUGGAGCGACUUUCAAACAUGCCUGAUGUAUACAUAUCCAUCAUCUCUGGACGGAACGUACACAAUGUCAAAUCAAUGGUUGGUAUUGAAGGUCUGACUUACGCUGGUAACCACGGACUAGAGAUUCUUCACCCAGAUGGCAGCAGGUUCGUACAUCCGAUGCCCGCUGAAUACCAAGACAAGUGCAGCAAUUUGCUCAAAAACUUGCAAGACCAGCAGUGGCGACGUCAGCUUGCAGAUCCUCACCAGGUUUGCAAGGAAGGUGCCUGGGUAGAAAACAAGGGAGCGCUGCUGACUUUCCACUACCGGGAGACACCGCUGGACCUGCGGCCCGAGAUGGUUAAACAAGCCAAGGCUCUUAUCGAGGCUGCAGGUUUCACUGCAGGACAGGCACAUUGUGCCAUAGAAGCUAAACCACCUGUACAGUGGAACAAGGGCCGAGCCUCUAUCUACAUCCUCCGCACGGCGUUCGGCCUUGACUGGUGCGAGCGCAUACGCAUCAUCUACGCUGGCGAUGACACCACCGAUGAGGAUGCCAUGGAGGCACUCAAAGGUAUGGCCGCUACGUUCCGAGUGACAUCCUCGCAAGUGGUCAAGACAGCCGCUGAUCGCCGUUUGCCGAGCACCGACUCUGUUCUGACCAUGUUGAAGUGGAUCGAGCGACAUUUUGGCAAACGAGCUCCACGUGACAUCCACAACGGAAACUUUCACAAGAAUUCCAUCUCUGAAGAAAUGAAGAUUCCCCUUUCACUCCCUUCUGAAGUUUCUCUGAGAACUCCCGAGUCCCCGGACAAAAAUCCCCUGAAAUAAUCCCACAAUGAACCAAGACAGGGUGGAUUCAGCCAACUAGUCUAGCAGAAGCAAUGGUUGUCUUCAUAUUUUUCUAGCGAUAUACUUAUUACUUAUUUUAGUGUGCAAACACUAGGCAUAGAGAGAGUUAGACAGCACAAUAGAGGGGAGGUUAUUGUAAAGUGCUGGCAAAAAAUUGGCAUCAAGUCUCAAAUAUGUUAGCUGUUGCCUUUACUUUGAAUGUCAUUUAUUUGUAGUUCCUACCCUGAAUUACUGCCAUUUGGUUAACUUUAAAAUUGAUUGCUUAAACUUUUUAGUGAAUUAUCGUCCUAUAAAAGUCCAGCACAAAUACAGCUAAUUUAGUUUGAUUUGCGAUUCAAACAUUAUGAAAUGUCUCAUUAAUUUGUACAUAGGUUUAAUGUGUCAAAAGAUAUGAUGCCAUGUUAACGUUUUACAUUUUUAUAGUAUACCGUUGAGUUAUAAAAUCAUAUUUCUUUCUGUGAUCGUUUAAUUGACUUGAUUUAAUCGUGUCUUUGUUAGUUGUUUUAGAUUAUCAUAAAUUUUAUUGUAAUUAUAUUUAGCAUAGACCCUUAGCUCCCUAGCAUAGUUGAUUAUUUUCUUAUUAUUUAUCUGUAAUAGUAUGCAUUGAAGUGAGUAUUUUGGUUUUAAAGCAUUCAUGUAUUUUUUAUAGACAUUUAUAAGUUGUUUAAUUAUUUCCUCUUUUAAAAAUUUAGUUUUCUAAGCAUAAAUUCAGUUUAAGUUAUUUAACAAGUCAGCUAGUGAAGUUAAAAUACAAUUAAUUCCAUUUCAAAAUUCAAUACAAGUGACUAAUUACUUAUUUGGAAAAACGUAAAGUUUUACGAUCGAGGCGAACAGAACACACUACACACCAACAGAAUUGUAAUAGACGAAAUGAUUGAAUAGCUAACUACAGCUGCUUAUUUGUAUCAGCAAAAUUGAAAACCAGUUUUACGUUAAUUUUGAGAGGUUAUCUUUACAUGAAAAAUAUUUUUGUUUUCCAAAUUGUUUUAACUUAGUUUGUUAAAUAAUCAUGAUGUAAUAUGAUGAAAAAUUUAGGACAUUACUUGGCUAUAGCUCAUUUCCUAACCUCGGCUUUGCCUUGAUCAUAAAACUUGAGCUCGGGUGGAAAAGAGUCACUUUACGCCCUAGUGAUGAAAUAUACUAUUAGUGCAAUAUUUCAAAAUCAAAUAGUUUCCAAUUUUUCUAAGGAAACCCCUUAAACAUGUUCUCCUAAUUUUUAAAUAAUGUUAAAUUGUUUUAAAUUUUAGAAAUUAAUCAAAAGAACACCAUUGACUUGUUUGCCUUAUCUAUGGUUUGCUAAACCUUAUUUCUUUGAGCUUUUUUUCGCUUUACAGAAUCUUUGUUAAAAAAGCUGUCAUAUGUCCCUACUUAAAUGUUUUUUUUUUGUUUUUUUUUUCAUAAAUUAGUAGGCUACUUACCACAGUUUUUGAAUGUUUUGUAUGUAGUAUACUGUGAACUAAAACAUGUUAGUUAUAUCCUAAAAAAAAAAACUAUAAUAUAUUAAAUUUUCCUUGGAAAUAUUUUAAGAUCAACUUCCAGUUAAAUUUUGGAAUCUCAUUAUAGUAUUGCCUCUAAUUUUUCUCCUUGUUGUGGAACGAUGCAUGAUUUAGAUUGUAGCAUCUGUGUUCCGGUUGGUUCUGAAAUGCUAGUUCACUUUCAGAAUAUCAUUUCAGGACUUGCAAAUCAACCUUACUUACACCUAUUUAGUAUUUAUUAAUGCCUUCCAUGGUGAAAAGAAUAAUAUAUUUUUAUAUAACAAAUACAUUGCCCCUAUUUUCUUAGUAAACACAAUUUGUAAUAUGUAAAAGCAGCAUUAUUUAUUGCAAAACCUAUUUGGCUUCUCUAUAAAAAGGGUAACUAAAAACGUUAAAUUUGACUUGUUAAAAGUUUUUGCCUAGAGAAAUUAUCUGGAUGAAUUUGAGUACAAAAAUAGGUUUUUGAUCAAACUUCCAUAAAAUAAAAUCGCCAGAGGAAUUUAAUUUAAAAAGUAGUUGUCUGUAUUUUCUAGAGAAUGAAUUCUUCUGGGUGAAUUUAGUACACCGAAUUUUGUCCGUCAAACUUUUAUUAAAAUUGGAUUCAAUACAUUUUAUGUUAGGAAAUCUUAUUUUUCCAUACUUUACAUAGGUGUCAGCAGGAUCUAUACAAGCCUGAUAUUGCAUUGUUUUGGAAAUUUUUUUUGUUAUUAAAACAUUUUUGUCAAUAAAUAAAUCCAAAAUUA